CACACCCCUCUUCCACUCCAAAGCCGACCACGACAACUGCCCUGAAAAAGCGCCUGUCGCCGCAUACUCACGCCUAUACCUCCUAAUCCGCGCGCCGAGAGCCUCAGUGCCGCACCAUGGCGACCGCAAACGCGACAACACACGACCUGCCUCCGCUGCCUGAAUACACGCUCAGCCCUCUCCAACCACUCACCUCAUGGGUCUCCGAUGCAUUCAUACAAGCCGCGCUCCCCGUUGUCGGGUACUGGAUCGUCUCGCUCAUUUUUCACGCCAUUGACGUAUACGACCUGUUUCCGCAAUACCGACUGCACACGCCCGCCGAGGUCCUGAAGCGCAACCACGUCUCGCGAUACGAAGUUCUGCGCGACGUCAUAUUCCAGCAGAUUAUCCAGGUCAUCGCUUCAUUCAGCCUCUCCGUCUUUGACGAUGCUCCAGUGACGGGCAAGGCUGACUAUGACGUCGCUUGGUAUGCGCAGAAGAUCCGCCUCGCACAACGCGCAGUCCCCUACAUCCUAUCUACCGUAGGCGUCAAUCCAUUCGCCCUGGCCUCAAAAAUGGAUUCGUCAUGGCCAAUUCUCUCUUCGGUUCUCGCCGGAGGUAAAUACCCCGCGCUGCUGCAGUCAGUCAUGGUCGCAGAAGAGCAGACUCUGGUUCCUGCCUUUGCUUCUUGGGAGUUGGCCGUUGCCAGCUUCGUCUACUGGUAUGCGAUUCCUGCGCUCCAAUUCAGCGCUGCUGUUAUCAUCAUGGACGCGUGGGAGUACAUGUUGCAUCGCACAAUGCACUUGAACAAGUGGCUAUACGUGACCUUCCACUCACGCCACCACCGCCUCUACGUUCCAUAUGCGUACGGCGCCUUGUACAACCACCCCAUUGAAGGAUUUGCGCUCGACACCCUCGGCGCCGGUGUCAGCUACCUCCUUACUGGCCUGACCAUGCGCCAAUCCAUGUGGUUCUUUACCGGCUCAACCAUCAAGACUGUUCUCGACCACAGUGGUUACGAAUUCCCCUACGACCCUACCCACUGGAUCUUCUCCAACAACGCCGCAUACCACGACAUUCACCACCAAAGCUGGGGCAUCAAGACCAACUUCUCACAACCCUUCUUCACCUAUCUCGACCGCAUCGGAGGAACCGUGUACAAGGGCGAUGUGGCUGCCAAGUAUGAGCGUGCCCGCAUCACGGCACAGCACAAACUCGACCAGGAGAAGGAGAACGAAGCGACCACUGUCUCAGCCACAGGUGCCAGUGUGUCCCAGGAGGAUGCUUCGCUACCACAACGAGCUUCUACACCCCGCAUGUCUAGGAAGAAGGCGGGCAGCAUCUCGUCGACGGCGGGAACCAACUUUAAAGAUUUGACCAACAAGGUCAACCAAAACCUGCACGGCAGGCGAGCCAAUGUCCUUGGACUGGAAAGCUCACAUUGAUUGGACAAUACUAUUUCAUACAUAAAAAGAUUCAUUCAGCCACUAUAGGUCAUGUAUAGUUCUGGAGUACCAGCAUUCGCUUCGUUUUACCUUUUUUGCAUUUCUGGCUGCUUUAGCCCUGCGCUGCUCGUCGCGCCAUUUAGAUCCUGGCGCACUGUUCGCCAUCAUUCGCUUAUGUACUGUAUGAUUCUGGAUGGGCGUUUACUGUACGGUUGGGAUACUUGAAUUUGACUAUUGACUGUACGAAUGUUUCGUUCGUGUCUUGGUCCACGCGUUAUGCUUUUGAGAUGAGCAAUUGCUGCAAGUUAUUUACAAUUGAUAGGCACGUAUUACACAGGCUCUGUUUGCGUUAACUUGCCGUUCAUCAGCUCGCGGCUUUAGCUACUUUUAGUUUGCGCGUUUGUCAAAUUCACAUGCACUGUCUUAGCAGGUCGAAUCUCGGAUCUUUCAAUAUGAAUCACCG